GAGGCUUGGCCCACCCCUGCACUUCGGCGGGUCUGGCUAUGCCGACUGUGGCGUUGGUGCCCAAUGGCUUCCGCCGUGGGCGGCUGCGUGGCUGGUGUGGGGGCGCGCUUGCUCCCAAGCGCGGAGCCGGGAUCGCAAGUUGUUGCUAGGAGCGCACGUGUCCAGCUGGCUCAUGUGCAGCAGGCCUAUGGCAGCAGCAGGCUAUGGAUUCGGUGGUGGGGACCACUUCGCCCAAGGAAAAUCUCGAUUCUCCAAUCAGUGGGAGACUUGGAGUUGAAGAAGAAGACUCUACUACCAUCAUUCCCGCCAUCGCCGCCAUCGCCAAAGCUCCGUUGGCAAUUUCUGGACGAAGCAGACAGGAGGCUGGUUCAAGGGGAUCGGCGGAAUGUCCCCGGCCAUCGGCGGAAUGUCCCCGGGCAUCUCCGACACCAUGUCGCCCGCGUCGGAGGGAGAGAUCCUGGGUUCUCGCUUCUGCAUGUUGGGCGAUGGAGUCUCUUGCUUUUGUCACGAGAGAGGAAGGGCAUCUGUGAAAGAUGCCGCUCGCAAGCUAGCGGGAGCGGGUCUGGUAAGCGGAAAGUUACUGACGGCAAGAGAGGAGGAGGAGGAGGAGGAGGAGGAGGAGGAGGAGGCGGAGGAGAGAGAGGGAGGCGUCGUAAUGGGCCAGGAGGCGCAGAGAAGGCAAAGAAUGGCAGGUCACCCAACGCUAGGGGAGGAAGGCGGGGUGGCAGAGGACGAGAGAGAGGCGGAGAGAGGAGGGGUAAUGCACGGAGGGAAGCUGGCGGGAACGGAGAUCGAGCCUCCCGAAGUCAUCCGUCGUCGUCGCGGACGGUGUUGAUGACGUCAGCUGCAAUUCCUGAAGAAGAAAUUCCAAUGGGCCCAGAGGAUAGAGCGGCUAUUCCAUUAUGGGCUACCUUCACGAGUAGUGUUUCUGGUGUUUGGGCGGGAGUUGGCGCUGCCUAUUCGCCAAUCACGGGGAAGAUGGAGCCAGUGGGUCUCGAUGGAAGCAAGCGAUCUAAGUACCUUUAUGAUGCCCGGAUCAAAUGCAUCGUGCGGCCUUCAACCGAUGUUCAUUCCCCUUCUUCUUCUUCUUCUUCUUCUUUUGAGAAGAAAGAGGAGAUGGAACACGUGGCAUCAUUGGAUGGACCAGAUUCGCUUCCCGGGCUAUGGCGUGUGGUGACACGUGUGGCCGAAAAUCCACGUGGCGAAGUCGGCGAAGUUGGUGACGUCAGCGUAGUCAAAGAAGUAAGAAGACCGAUCAGCGGCGAAGUUUCUGGCGAUGGCGGCAAGCUGAGGGGAGAAGACGAAUACGAUGAAGCAAAGGAGGUUGGGGGGGAAGAGGAAAAGGAAGAGGAAGAGGAGGAGGAGGGGGAGGAUGAGAAGGAGGAAGAAGAAGAGGAGAAGGAUGGAAUAUAUACUCUUGAGAUUGCCGAUUACGACAUAGGGUAUGAGGAUGAGGCGAUGGCUGACACGCUGGCUGGUUCCCGCCAAGCUGUGGUUCACCUUCCCGAUCCCGAUUCCGAUGCGGCUGCUCGAAUUGAUGAUGAAGAAGAAGAAGAAGAAGAAGAAGAAGAAGAAGAAGAAGAAGGUGCUGUUUUGUUAGGUGUUAGUGGCUAUGGAGAGAGGAGUAGUGCAGAUGGACUUGAAGGUUUCUUUCGGGGAACGGAGGUUAGUGCCGGCUUUGAUGGAGAUUUCUUGGGAGCGGAGGUGGAUAUGGAAGAUGAUGAGAGGGUGGGGGGUUGGGAGGGGGGUUGGGAGGGGGGUUGGGAAGGGGUUUGGGAGGAGGACGAUGCCCUGGCCAUGAGGGUAUUUGAUAUCGCGGAGGUAGAGAGCGAGGAGGAGGAGGAAGAGGAGGAGGAGGAGGGGAUAGAGGAAGAGAUCGCGGCGGCUAUGGAGAAUGGAGAGGAGGAGAUUGAAAACUCGAUCAUGUACAUUGAACCUGGACUCGCGUUCUUUGAGGAUGGAUCUUAUUCACGCGGACCGAUCUCUCUUGCAUUCAAGAGGCCGUCUCCCACCGAUGACGCAAGUAAUGGAAAUGGGGCAAGCAAUGAACGACAGCCUCCAUCAGCCUUCACAAUUGAGCAGGUAUUUUAUUACUAAAAAUUAUCAUAACUUAUAAGUAAUUAAUUGCAACUGUUGUUUUAUUAUUAACCAUUAUUAUGUUUUAGAUUGUUGUUGUUAUUAUUAUUUAUGUAACAAUUUAUGUAAUAAUAAUAACAAGACUGUUUGUCUGUAGGCCCGGGCACAAAUUUUGUGCCCGGACUUCUGGCCAUCAGGUACCCAAUGUGCAAGCACAGGAGGCCGCCCAGGGGCAUGUCGCAAAUUGUACGUGCAUCUGACAAGGGCAUCAGAUGGGACAUGCUGCAAAUAUCAGGAAAUUUACAAGGGCAGUACACUGACAACUGCAAAUUAAAGAGGCAAAUCGAAAAUUUUGAAUGAAAAUGUAUUAAAAUU